CUUGAAGCCAACCUCAACCGCUGCCUCAGUGUACAGCACUGUCCAUGGUGUGUCCGGGACCGCUGGAGAAACGUUCCAGACGUUCCAGUGAUGAAAGAAUACGAAUGGUUGUGGCAAGCCUUGCGACAAGGUCAACAUGACCUUGUUACUGCAUUGGCUCCUCGGGAAUUUGAUUGGAAGUCCUGUCAUCCUUGGUAUGGCACGCCUUUAAUGGCUGCUGUGCACAAUGCAAUUGUUUGCCCAGGUGGAAAGCAAGAAGAAGAACGGAGCCACGAGCUGAUUCGCUGGUGCAUGGCCAUGGGUGCAGACCCACGUGGCGUCGCAGGUCGAGCAGAUGCCAUGAGUGUGGGCCUGCCCCCUUCCCCACCAGGACCUGGUUGGAAAGUUUACGACGACAAUGGACACAUUUGGUGGCAAUACGAUGGCAUGCUGGGUCUCUUCUGGUGCGAGGACAGCAAAAAGACUGAUAGUGACAGCUAUUCGUGUCCUGGAGGCGAUCCAGCUAUGAAGAUCAUGGCGGAAGAGCACUCCGGGCAUUCCGCAAUUUCACUGAUCUUGGCCAUCAAGAGAAAACUAGACUUGUGGAAUCCGAUGUACAAAAAAUACAGCGAACGCAUCGACAAGUUGGCGAGCGUCUUCGCUUGUGGCAGCGUACACCUGGCAGACAACCUCAUGCUGGUGAACAAGAACAUAGUACAGACGUGGACGAAUGCGUUGGCCAAUAAUCAGUUGGCCGACGUAGAGCUGCAGGCACAAGAUGGCACCAGUGUUUGGGCGCAUGGUGUGGUGUUAUGCAGUGCCUCCGAAGUACUCAAGGCAACUCUGAGCUCACCAAUGCGUGAAGGACAGACACAGAAGAUCCCGUCCAACAUCUCCCAGGCGGCACUGCGUCACCUGAUGGCGCUGAUUUACACUGGAUGCCCCGACAAGGAGUACUCCAUCAGCGUGCAUUUGGAGGCAUUGGAUCUGGCACAUCGGUGGCAAUUGGAUCACAUCGUUGAGGCGCUCGAGACGAAAUUGGUGAAGGAGGUAUCAGCAGCCUCCAAGCUGUCCGUACAGGAGCAGUUGGCAAUGAUAGACCAUGCCUUGGAAAGUGCAGUGCUCAAGCACUUGCCAAAUCUGCGGCAAGCCUGCCAUCGCACCGUUGCAGCUUCUCAAUGCUUGCGGGAUGCUGCGAUGCGAAACGAAUUUGGAUGCAUAGCCAGCAAGGAUUUGGCGAGCAUCACUGGAGGAGAACAGGGUCCUGGUGUUGGAAACAAGAGAAAAAGGACCUUGGAGCUCACCUGA